AUGGACGUUUUACCUGCAUAUGAUGUCAGGGAUAAAGAAAUUGGACGAAGAGAUUUAGAGAAAGGAAUUUGGACAGUCCAAUUAGAUGAGUUCACGAAAGCAUUGGUAAAUGCUCUAGUCGAAAGGUGGCAUCCAGACACACACACAUUUCACCUUCCUGUUAGUAAAUGUGCUGUGACACUAAAAGAUGUUGCUGUUAUUCUUGGUCUUCCAACAGACGGUCUUCCAAUCACAGGGAUGACUAUGAAUAGUUUUGAAGCUUUAGAGGCGGAGUGUUUGCAGCAAUUUGGAGUUGCACCAAGAAAGUCGGACUGUAGAGUAAGCUGCAUAAAACUGACAUGGCUUCGAGAUCUAAAAGCACGAUUACAGUUGGUUGACGAAACCAGCAUACAGAGUAUCGGACAGUACAGUUGGGGACCUGCAUGCCUGGCACUCCUAUACAGGUCAUUAUGCAGGGUAUCUCGUUUUGAUUGUAAGGAAAUCGAUGGUCCGCUAACACUUCUGCUAACUUGGGCUUGGAUCCGUCUCCCAUAUCUAGCGUCGGUUCCUCGGAAACCUCGCUGUUUUCUGCUUGCAAACAGGUGGCAUAACUGGGAGCGUGGAGACCGACGCUUUAGGUAUUUUACACUUGAGCACUUUAGGAAGGCCUUGGAUGAUCUCCAGGAAGGCCAGUUUGUGUGGCUUGCUUAUGUUGUUGAUCGCCUUGAUCCGGACAUAAUUUCUGCAGGCAUCUACAUGCAUUCAGUUGUGUGA